UUAUACGUGUAGUUGGAACUAUUUUUGUCCCAUUUCCGAGGAAUGACGUAAUCAACUUUGUUUGAUCCACGUACUUUCUUUGAGUCACUUAGAGCUACAAUUGGCAACGGAAGUUAACAAUGACGCAUCAAGGUCUAUGCUGGAUUGGCCUGAUCCUUGCCUUCGUUAUAGGGUCUUGUGCUUCAUGUCCAACAGGCAAGUGUGGACAGAACUGCACAUCAUCUUGUAUCGGUACUUGUGCUUAUGACUGCCACAAGGACAACUGCUCUUGCAGAAAUUGUCAAGAUGGGAAGUACGGAGAAAACUGUACAUUGAAUUGUUCAAGUAAUUGCUACAGCGAAGGACCUGAAAGCCUCUGUAACAGAAUUACAGGGCACUGUAGUGAUGGGUGCGUCAAAGGUUAUUGUUCAACCAUGAACCACUGCAACACGCCGUGCGGAAAAAACUGUACAGAUUGUAAUUUCGAUGAUUGCAAGUGCACUGGAUGUAAGGCUGGUCAUUAUGGCGACUCUUGUGAAUGUGAACAUUGUCCUGAGACGGUCAAAAUGUGUAAUAUCCCUGCGAUGGUUAUUCUGAUUCUGGCGAUAAUUUGUGUCAUGAUCCUGGUUGUGGUUGGGGCAUGGAAACACUACUCAAAGAAAAGGCCGACAAACAAAGGUUUGGAUUCAUCUCCAGGACCUCAGCAAUUGGAUCUUUGUCUUGACAAAUCAAUCGAUGCUUAUCCCUUGACGGGAAAUGACGGAUCAGAGAGAUACAUACUUACUCAGCUGCCCAACACGCAAGAACUUGAUGAAAAGUUUCUGAGGAUGGUAACUGAAAAUGACAUCAAAGUGAUUGUUUUCACAUCUUCUAAUAGAAAGCACGUGCUUGAUAGUUAUCUGAACUUUUGGGAUUCAAGUCACCGCUGCAAAAAACGUAGAAGAUUUGACAAUUAUGAACUUUGUUCAUUAACGCUGUCACAGAAUGGCAAGGCGAAGACAACAUAUCUCUACCACUACUUCAAAUGGUUUGACGAAAAAAGCUUCUACGAGUUCACGAAAAUUGUCAGGAAAAAUCCUGAAUACCUUACAAGACCAAUCGUAGUUUGUUCAAGCGAAGGCGAGGGCCCAAAUUUUGUGUACUGCAUUCUGGAUUGCAUGAUGGGCAUAAAGACAAGUGAAGGGUUUGAGGAAGACCUGAAUGAGUGUGCAAAACGUCUUGCAUGUGAGAGAAUGGGGUUAGUUAAGAACAAGAAAAACAUGCAACGACUGAGGAAGUGCUGUGAAUAUGUUUUACGCGACGGCCAGACUGAAGUCAAACAGACUGAGUCCUUUUGUGUGACCUUUGGUGCAAGUCCCUGGAUAUGUCGUAUAGGUUUCAUUGUGUUACCAUUACUGUUAAUCGUUAUCAUAGCCUGCACAGGAAUCAUGAUAUAUAAGUGUAAUGUAUAGCAUAUACAUUCUGUGUACCCCCUUUAAAGUAAAACUGAAGCCAGAAAAAUGUUAAUUUUGAGAUUGUGUGUAUGGUCGAAGGAUUAGGUCUCGGUUUGCUACUAUAUUGCUAAGUUUGUUAGAACAGUGCCUGUACUUGUGGGUAUCAGACAAAAUAUAUCCUAAUUUAGGUUUCCUCCCACUUUAAGCUGACAUGAUAUAACUGAAAUACUGCCUGAAGUGGCUUCAAUUCCACCUCAUUCAAUUUUGAAAAUAAUGUUAACUGCUGAAAUCAUGAUGCUUUCCAUAGUCAUUUUUAUGUUCUUUGUCGUUUAAUUUGUGUUUGUGAACCUGACGUUAUGGCCAUAAUGUUUCUUUUGGACGGGAUUACACAGUUCCAUACAAAUCCGUUCAAAGAGCUGUUUGUUAUUCUCACCCUCCAACUGAUCUCAUCCAGCUCGGGCUACUUAUUGUAGUUUAAAGUGAUGCUUGUUAUUACAUACAAUCUGUAUAUACGUCCCAUCACCCUUAUGUAAUCACUUUUAUCUUGAUAUCUACAUCGAUACGUCAAUCUAUGCAACAAACAAGAAGAAUAUAAAGUCGUAUGCUUCUUCACGAACAAUGUGGGUCAUGCCCACAGCAUCCAUGUCAAACCCUUGUGUCUGAUUCCGACUUUAUCAUAAUAGCAUCUUGUUUAUAUACUGGACAAAAUAUGUUAGGUUUUUUAUGAUUGAUAUUUUAUCAGUGUGUCAAUGAAUAAAUAGAUCAUUAUUCAUAAUCUCAAAAUUUACAUAUAUCCCUAAAUAUUUUUGUCCAGUAUAAAUUACCCUCAAAUAGUGAUGAUAUCAGGUGUUUGCGAAAAAACAUGUGCAUGUCGUUUCCUUUAUGUAUGGAAGUUUGAAGGUAAUGAAAUGACAAUUUGAAAUUGUAAAGGGAUAUGUUAUGAUUGUGGAAAGACUAUUUUGUUUGUAUAUUUUUAUGAAACGGCAAUGCCGACACAAUACAAAAUGUAAUGUACACAAUAAAGAUUCUUGUCCACAUAA